AUGUCCUUGGAUAAUAAAAAUACAAAUCCACUAAAUAAUCCAGCAUUUAAGCUUCUACAUAAAGCUUAUGGGAACUUUUGGUUUUUUGAUUUUGUGAAGGAGAGUGAUUAUCAUGCGAAGAGGACUGGGCAUGCUGAAUUUCAGGACAGGACGGAAGAGGCGGCGGAAGAGGAAGCGAGAAGUGUCCUGGUGAAAUACUGUCAGAAACUGGCAGAAGCUAUUAAGCACAAGUAUGCAAAUUAUUUCCUUAAGAGAGGCAUGCAAUUCCUCGAGCCAGUUGGUGGACUGUUUGGCUUGAAAGAAAUAGCAGAGUUUUUGAAGGCAAUAGGAGAGAUAUUCAUAGCCUUAAACACAGAUAGUUCAUUGCCAGUCAGUCCAGCUACAAAAGCUGAGCAGAUGAGUGAGUACCUGCGGACUAUCAAACAGAAUCACAUGGAUGAUGAGGCCAAAUUCAAGACCGCUUUUAACACACUGCUAACUUUUGCUAAGAAUGUGGCGACAAAUCCGGAUGAGGAGAAAUACCGUAAAAUUAGACUCAGUAAUGCUCUUUUCCAGGAUAGGGUUGGCAAACUGCAAGGAGGCAUCGAAUUUCUUGAGCUAUGUGGAUUUGAAAGAAUUGAAGGGGGUGAAUUCUUGUACUUGCAAAGAGAAAAAGUGGACAUGGAUGUGCUUUAUUCAGCUGGGAAUGAGUUGAACAAUGCAAUUAUGUAUGAUUCAUACAUUAGUUAA